AUGUAUCCCUCCCAAGAGAGGGAACCCCUCAGUAAUUGCAGAGACAAAGAAGAGACGACCGCCCUACCCUAUUUCCCCCGGGCUGUAAACUACGUGAAAGUGAACAAGCCAAAGUACAGAAGCAGUGGAAAUUACCACCAUAAGCAGGCGCGAGAAUGUCAGGUCAGUUCGAACGGUUACGCAAAUCAAAAUAAUUACUCCUACAUGUGUAACAACAUCAGUGGGUACUACAGCCCCGGGAAUAUACAUCCACAGGAGUAUACUGAUGGGAAGUACCACAAAAUGGGUUACAAUGAAGGGGUUGGCGACUACCUACCCAGGGGUAGAACUUAUCGGAGCAACAACGCCUCCAGUAGCGGCGUAGGCACUGUGAUAUGCGAGGAAGAGAUAGCGCACCCGCAGUAUAAUAAAACAAAUGGAGGAAAUCGCUACCAGGAUUACACUGAACCCAAUGCAAAUGGAUUCAAAAGAGUCCCAAUGAAUCAACAGGGGAGGAGUCCUAAUGGGAUGGCAGAAUCGAACGGAAUGGCAGAAAAGGAGCCCCACGUAGAAGGAAUACAUAGGGACAUUUGUUCAAAUGGAAAAGGACAAAAUUGGUCGCACAGAAUGAAGAACCGUACGGGGAGAAUUUAUCCUCCCAGGAAUGUCGGGGCGGACUGCGCAAGAAAUACCCAAAUGUCGUUAAGUCAAAGUGACGAACGAAGCGGUACCUCAAAUGGAGUGGAAUCCCAAAUGAAAGGAGAAUUUGAAACACAAGAGGAGAACCACUACGUUAUGGAGAUCAACAACGAUAAGGGCAACCCAAAUGGCUUUUCCACCAAGGGGAGGAGAAAAAACAAUGGCCGCUACAUGAACCCAUAUAAGGGUGGCGGGAAUUACGCCAACAGCUCUGUGAACAACCGCUCCCCGAACUAUUUUGGUGGGGGAAACUGGAACCACGGGUACGCUCAAGGGUACGCCCAAAGUAACGGCCAAAAUAGCGGCUACCAGAACAAUAAUCACCACAAUUACAAUCCCAAUUAUAACAAUAAUUAUGACGGAAAGCGCACCAAGUAUAACAACUAUAGGAGCUAUAAUAACUGGAAUUACCACGGCGACAAUCAAGGAGGCAGACAAAAUGCUAACUACGAGCCGAUAGCAGUUGCGAAGGUAAGUAAUGGUGGUGAAAACCCACUCGAUGAAUGUUCCUCUAUCUCCGCAGUGCAGAAAGAAGGUCCUCCAGAUGGAGGCGUACCUAAGAGUGAUAAUUGCGUAGUUCCUAGUUCCCCUAGCAACCAGUUGGAAGCCUCAGAGAAGACGGAUGUAGAGCAAAUAAUCGACCUGCCGAAAGAAGGUUGUAAUGAAAAGAUUGACACGUAUGAUAAGCUUCCCGAUCCAGAAGUAAAUACGGAAGUGUGCUUGAAUGGAUCAAAGGAUAAAAGUUUGGAAAUCGACAAAUGCGCUGGGAAGAAGAACAACUACGAUGGAAACUGCAACAGUGAGGAGAACCGACAUGGUAAUAAUGAACCUACCGGAUGUGGCGAGCCGAGUGACAUAGCAGAACAUUUUAAACAAGGGAAGGAUGCUGUUAUGGAGGUAUUUAUAAAGGACGAGUGUAGCAGUAGAGAAAAUCCGCGCACCAACGGCAUAAACGAUGUAAUGGAAAGCUCUACUCCUGUGCAGGCAAAUAAUGGAGUACCCGGAAAGGAUCUCAACGGGAACUACUCACCAGUUUUGCUUAAUAAAAAUUGUACAGGUAGGAAGAAGGCGGCAAACAGAAGUUACCCUCCUGUGCACAACUCCAACUAUGAAAUUAACAUCAACGGGAAUUUCUGGAGGGGGCAGAGUAACCUAUACAAUGGCAGUAUGGGUGGUGCUCCUUCUGAUGAUCCGAAUGAGAAGGACCCAUUUCCAGGACCUCCACCCACAACAACACAUAAGGGUUACAAGCACAGCGAACGUGUAAAUGGAAGUAUAAAAUCGCUUUCUAAUAAUGCCCCUAUGAUGAACACUCAGGGGGGCUACGUACGGAGCGUUACGCAGUUGGAUAAUACCUACCCGCUUGAAGAGAAUAACACCGUGACGAAGGAGUAUGGAGUAUCGGGGAAUGGAAACCUUCAGGUGGGGAAUCAUCAUGGUAGGACAUUAAGGGAGGAUGGAGCAUGGGAGGCAUCUCCCGUGGGGGGCGACUACAACCAAAUGAACGAGACGUACAACCAAAUGAACGAGACGUACAACCAAAUGAACGAGACGUACAACCAAGUGAACGGGACGUACAACCAAAGCGGGGGUAACCACUACUUCAACACAGGCAGUUAUAAUCCAGGGAGAGUAUCCGCUCCUCGCGCGACGCAAGAACCAACAGAAAUGUACAAAAGCGGGGGAUAUAAGAAGCAAAGCAACGUAUACCCUCAAAGUACGUAUAAGAGACAGGGGAGGAAUUUAAAAGGAGGAAAAUUUCAAUUCCCAAGCAUGCACGAAUGUUUCUUCUCUUCAAAUAAAGGGAAAUGGGGGUCCACUCGAAGGGAUGAACCCGUUGGAAGGGUAGACGAAGAGGGUAGGAAUUUUCAUCAGGUAGAAGGAGUCUACAGCAUGACAAAUGAGGGGACAGUCUUUGUAGGAGAUUCCAACUACACAAGUGGGUCUCCCUUUUGCGCUAAAAAUAAGAUAGUGUCGAGUAAUGAUGCAGUGGAAAGUUCCAAUUACGACACGGACAAGGUGUAUUAUGGACAGGGCAAGCCCAAAUAUGAUAGGAAGGACGAGUUCAUCUCGAUGACCGAUAGCACAACAAUGAACUUCUACAGAGAGGAAUUAAAGACCUUCAAGGAGGAGGUUGAAAUAUGUGAUAGGAGUUCGACUCGAGAUAAGAAUUCCAUUUUGGUGAACCCAGAACUAACUGAGGUUAGGAGCAGUGAGCAUCUGAACUUGAUAAUGCCGAUGAAUGGCUGGAAAAAAGAACCCAUCUUAAGGAGGCAUAAAAAGGGAACUGCUACGGAGAAACAUAAACGGGCGAUUAUGGGUAGAGAUAGCGGGGUCACCAGAAAGGGGAGAGGCGGGCUUGGGGAUUUGGACAGGGAGGAGCACAUCCCCGGUCCCAGCGGUAACUACGACCAUGACGGUCAACAUAGCAGUAAACGGGACGAUCAGAGUGGAGACCAAAGUAACGAUAAAAAUGACGAGCAGCAUGGCUGUGAACAGAGACUGCCCAGGGCAAAUGCACCUAGUACCCCGCUAAAGCACCGUAGGUCGAGAUCGGAGAAUACAUAUGGCUACCAAAACAAAGACUUAAAAAAUUUAGAAGUAGCAAUGAUUAAGCCGCACAUGGAAAAGUUCAAGAGGACGGUGAAUGUCAACGGGUUCAGGACUAUCCUGGAAAGGGUUUCAAUUAGUUAUGUCGAUGGGGAUGUGGUGGAGGGGGUACCGAGAAUGUUCGGUACAUCAAUUGGGAUGAUAAAUGAGCAUCAAAGGGAGAAUGCCCAGUGCACAUUUGGCGGAGAAACAUCUGUUUGCAGUUACGUGGAGAAUGACAAGGGGGAGACGGAAGGAAGGAUAGAGUCAAUGCACCCAGUAAAGUGCUCUCCAGAAAAAGAAGCCAUAGAUAAUCAUAUCGGUGCAGUCAAAAGAAAUAUUGGUAAAAAGGACAGAGGAAUUUAUUUCCCCGGGGAUCAUCUUAAUUAUGGCAGUAGUUUAAAAACACAGAACACCUUCCUCUGUUUACCAAUCGAGAGUGCCCUCCUUAUGGACGGAGAGGCCAAGACAGAUGAGGACGAUGUGGGUAAGCGCGACGCAGAUGAGGUGCCUUGGGAAGGAGACAAGCGGAUGAGUUGUAGCCCCGAAGAGGAAGAAGGCUCCCCCUCUGAGGGAAUAGUGAGGGGAGAGUUCAUAAGAAGGGAUUGUGUGGGUGACACCGACGUGUGCGGAGGAAGUAGCCCUGUAAACGUUAAUUGCGGCAGAGUAGGAAAUUACGGUGAUCGCGGUCAGUACGGUUGGAGAGAUCAUCGAGGAGGGAAAGGCCACCACGGAGGGAGCGGGAACUAUGGAGGAAACUACGGGAAGCGUAACAACUACCGCCGAGGUGACGUGCACAACGAAGUGGUCACCCGGAAUAACCCGUUCAAGUUUGUUCCCCAGGAGACCACACCCCUACAGAGCAACCGAACGGAUGGACAGACCAUCAACCUUUACUCCAAGAAUGAGAUACGUGGAAAUAACAGAUAUGACGAAAGGGGUAUAAUUGAAAAUGAGUUUACGUCAAGUAGAAUAUCACCUACAGGUACGGGUACCACCACCACGGCGACGAUAACGACGAUGGAUACUAGUGCUUCAAAUUAUGCGCACUCUAAGGUGCACGUCAACGGUAGUGUUGAAAGAAUGCCUAUCCACAGGAUUGGCCACAAGGGCUUCUUCUCCCAGCUUCCCGAACGACGCAGGAGGAACGUCAAUACAUCGGAUUAUUUUUACAUGAGCGGUCAGAACGACUCUUCCACGGAGAACUACCCCCAUGGGUGCAGUGUUGGAAGUAGUGCUCAGAGCGGAGGCCAAGACAAUAGUUAUAAAGACAAUCAGGCAGGGAGCCAACUCCGGGGCACAGGCGAGAAUUACACUUCCUGUGGGAAUACUUUUGGAGCUCCUGAGCAUCCAAGAAGAGAAAACACCAUAGGUGGUACAGCGCCUGUGGACAACAUGCAGGAUGUUAACGGAUAUACAUUCAACGGGGGGUACGGACAACACAACCAGAAUCACAUGAACGGCUUUACCCAACGAAUGCACCACAGGAACGGGACGGUUAGUCAUUACGGAGUGGUAGGAUCUGAAUGGACUAAAGAACCCACGAAAAAUACAGGGAACAAUACUAACCAUUUUAAUAAUUACGCCAACAGAAAAGGGACCAUACCAAAUAGUCGCUUCUCCUCACAGAGGAAUGUCACCACAGGGAAUAUUUUUUCUUAUGCCGAUGGGGGAAGCAUUCUUCCCCAUCACAAUGGUAAUGUCCCGUAUAACGUUAAUACUGUUAAGCCGGGAUCAGGUUUCGAUCCUAAUGGGGGCGUGAUGAAUCCGGGGAACAAAGGAGGGAGUAGCAAUGGGGGGUAUCAUUACAAUGGCGAUUACGAUACGACGUUUAAAUCAGCUAGCCAUGUUAAUGGGCGGAGAAAGGGGAGGAAUGCGACGUACGUAGGUGGCUACGGGGAUAAUUGGUCGCCCGUCGUUGGUCCCAAUACAUCGGCUCACUUUGCGGCAAGCUCAACAAGUGCCCACCGAAAUACACGAGGAAAGGGGAACCACGUGAAUGGCGAGGGAUUGAACAACGCACGAGCGUUCGAUGAGCUCAUGUGUGAGGAGACGGAGGUGGUGAUUAACAACACAUCGGAGAAGACAUCAUCAUAUGCGAUGGGAGGUAAGAAGUGGGAAAAUUAUGGUACCAAUAAUGGUACGAAUAAUGGGACCCACUAUAGAAACAACAGGAGGAACGGAAGCAGUAGAGGGACCAUUCAAUCUAAGAAAACGCAACCAAGUGAGCAGGAGGAGAAGGAACAUACGAUUCAUAACGGAAGGCAAAACAUAAUUGAGAGGGAGGAUGUAGAUCCAGUGAGGGAAGCUGAGCAAGGAAGUCAUGCUGAUGGUGCGAGGAACAAAAGUCGAAACAGGUGGUCGAGAGGGGUAGAAGGAGUACCUUUACACAGAGACACGAGAUUGGCAAAAGGAGAAAAGAGAAGCGACGCCAUAAUUGAUGUUCUGCAUGGUAACAAUGGAGGUCCAACAGAGGGGGAGCCCCCCAAGGAGGAUGACUCACCCUUUUGUGAAGGCCUCUGCGAGGAAGAAGAAAAUGGAGAAGGAAAUAAUGAGGAAAGGCAAUUCAAGAGGAAGAACCAAUUUCAUCAUCUGCAGGGAGAUCCAGAAGGUAGUGUUGGGCAAACUAUGCGAAACAAAAAAGAUGGUCUGCAUAGAGGCGAUUUAUUAGUUGGUAGUACUCCCUGUGAUGAUAUUCGGGGAGUCGAUUUAGGGAAGGAAGAAAAGUGCGUUGAAAUGGUUAGGGACAACGGAACGGAAGAAAUACCCGCCCAUUUUGAGGUAGCCUUUAAAGGAGAAGGGAAGGAGAGCGAGAGAAAAGACAACGCAGAGUCGAACCACUUAAGGACCAGUCGAGUUCGAUCGAACGACGCGAAGGUGGAUCAUGUUAACUCAUCUGCACGUCAGCAGGUAGUGUGUAAAAUGAGGUCGCCGAAGCAAGGGGUUCACAAGGGCGAAAGGAGAAGUGAAAGGACAUGCAACGAUUAUGGACCACACGGAAAUAAUUUUGGAGGCACGAACAAUAUUUCAAGGGUGGAACCCGUUCUUUGCCACUUGGAAGGAGAGAAUGCAGAUGAUCCUAAUGAUCCCACGGAGGGAGUCAACCAAUUUGACAUCACCGCGCGCGAAUACGACAUGGGUGUAAAUGACCAAGAGCAAAUUAUGGUUGGAGAGAAUCUUCAUGGCAGUGUUGAUUUGUAUACCCAGGAAACGGGCUCUAUCCAUGGGCGUGGCAGACGGGAGCCAAACGGGAAUAACAACCAUGGCAGUUACCGACGGAAGAAUAAAAAUAGAAAAAAGCACGUACGAGAAAGGCGCGAAUAA